GUUACCGGCGGGGCGUGCUGGUUCCUUAGAGACCGAACCCGGGCUGGGCGGCGGCGGCGAAACCGCCGAGACAAACCGCCCUUGGAGAAGCCAAGAUGCCGAGUAGGGGCAAGAGGAAAGGCAAGAACAAAGACAAAGACAAGCUUCUUAAGAAGAAGUCAACAAAAACUGAGGAAACUGCAGUGGAAAGAGCCAAGGCCAAUGCCUCCCUUUGGGAGUCCAGGCUGGAAAUCACAGAGCUCUCUAGGAUUGAGUAUCGUGAUACUUCCCUGAGACUUGCAAAAACUAAUGAGGACUUAAGGAAACAGCAGUAUAAAAUGGAGAAAGACACAAUGUCCGUAUUAAGCUACCUGAAGAAGCAGGACCAGGAGAAAGAUAAUAUGAUUGAAAAACUAAAACAGCAGUUGAAUGAAACAAAGGAAAAAGCCCAAGAGGAGAAGGAAAUAUUGGAACAAAAGUAUAAUGAGCAAAUAAAUGACCUGGAGGGACGUUUCUAUCAGAAAUCCAAAGAAAUUGGCAUGAUUCAGACAGAGCUAAAAACAAUAAAACAAUUCCAAAAACGAAAAAUCCAAGUGGAGAAAGAAUUAGAUGAUCUGAAGGAGAAUUUAAGGAACACGGAGCGGAAACAUCAAGAGACGCUUAGAAAAUUGGAAAGCAGGUUUUUUAAAGAAAAGCACCGACUAGAACAGGAAGCUGAAAAGAAGGUGAUAAUGCUGGCAGAGAGAGCCCAUCAUGAAGCCAUUGUGCAAUUGAACAGUGCUGGAAGAGCUGUUUUUAAAGAGAAUGUUUCUCUCCAGAAAGCUCUUGACUACCACCUGAAGGAAGCUGAUGCUCUACAAAAAAAAUCUGAGAAGUUGCUAGAGUCUAAAACUUCCCUUUUAUAUCAAAAGGAAAUCAAUGAUCUGUUGAUUAAGGAAAAGGUUAUGCAACUUACCCAGCAGAAGUCACAAAUCCAAAAUCUUCAGAAGAAGGUGGUAAGCUUGGAGACUGCCCUGAGUUGUCUGACUAGAGAGUUUGAGACUGAAGUUCUAAAACAGAAGCAGGAGGCAAUGGUAAAUAACCAAAGUGAUCAGAUUGAACUUUACAAACUGCGGAACCUGCUUCAGAAGAAGAAUAGGGAAAUGAAUAGAGUGAAGAAACUGGCCAAGAACAUACUAGAUGAGAGAACAGAAGUGGAAAGUUUCUUUUUGGAUGCUCUACACCAAGUGAAGCAAGAGAUUGCAUUUAACAGGUUGCAUUAUAAGAAGAUGGCACAAGCUGCUUUCAAUUUAAAAAUGCGAGAGGCGUACGCAGGAAGAACAGAAUAUCCCAAAAUUCGAACAUUUGAUGGCAGAGAGCACAGCACCAAUAGUGUGGACCAGGAUCUUAAAGAGGCUAGUAAAUGGACAGAUAUUCAAGGAAAUGUGGAUAUUGGAGAUUUGACUUGGGAGCAGAAGGAGAAAGUCUUACGAUUGCUUUUUGCAAAAAUGAAUGGUUUUGGUCCCAGGAAAUAUAAUCAGAGCUCUAGACCUCCAGGUUCAGAAUAUGUUGUUCCAGACAAUGGACAAACAGAGGAAUUUGGGGAUGAAAGUAAGCUUCAAGAUCAAACGUUCAUCACCCAGCAAGUACCAAUCUCAGACUCUUCUCAUGAACUGGUAAUAUCCAAUAUUCAGAAAGGAUCACAUGAGUCUGACAUGGUAAGGAGUCUGUAAUCUAACCAAACAAUACAUAUAACUGUUACCUUUCCCCAUGAGCUUCUUGCUAAGUCACAGUUCUUUAGCUCUACUAUCUCAAGUAUCAGUGAAAUGAGUAUUAAUACUAGUAUGAGAUUGUGGACAUUUUUAUAACUAUCCACAUAAGGCAGGCAUAUACUUAAUGCAAAUGCAUGUUUUGCCUCUUAGUGUUGAAAACACAUAAAUUGCCUUUUGAAAUCCACAGCCUAGCCAACAUAUGUACUAUCUUUUAUGUAAGAAUUAAAACAUAACGACCCAUUGAACUCUUGGCUUUGGACAGAGGCGGGAAGUCUA